AUGAGGGGGAAUCGCAAAAUUUUGCGAAGUGAAGCUAGAUCCAAAAGGCUACAUACUCCACAAAAUGAACAUAUUGAGUUGCACCGUAAGCGCUAUGGCUAUCGUUUGGAUUACCAUGAGAAAAAAAGAAAAAAGGAAGGUCGAGAGGCUCNGCCACAAAAUGAACAUAUUGAGUUGCACCGUAAGCGCUAUGGCUAUCGUUUGGAUUACCAUGAGAAAAAAAGAAAAAAGGAAGGUCGAGAGGCUCAUGAACGUUCAAAGAAGGCAAAAAAGAUGAUUGGUCUCAAAGCUAAGCUCUACCAUAAACAACGCCAUGCUGAGAAAAUACAGAUGAAAAAGACUAUCAAGAUGCAUGAAAAGAGAAACACCAAACAAAAGAAUGAUGAAAAGACUCCACAAGGAGCAGUACCUGCAUAUCUACUGGACAGAGAGGGACAGUCCCGAGCUAAAGUACUUUCCAAUAUGAUUAAACAAAAACGAAAAGAGAAAGCGGGAAAAUGGGAAGUCCCUCUGCCCAAAGUUCGUGCCCAGGGAGAAACAGAGGUAUUAAAAGUUAUUCGAACAGGAAAGAGAAAGAAGAAAGCGUGGAAGAGGAUGGUUACUAAAGUCUGCUUUGUUGGAGAUGGCUUUACUCGAAAACCACCUAAAUAUGAAAGAUUCAUCAGGCCAAUGGGCUUACGUUUCAAGAAGGCGCAUGUAACACAUCCUGAACUGAAAGCCACCUUUUGCCUGCCAAUACUUGGUGUAAAGAAGAAUCCCUCAUCC